GCAAUUUUCUGAGCUGAAAAAAAGGCUUCUCCUCUCUCUUCUCUCUUAACUUCCCACCACUUCCCUUAUCUCUCUCCGUCUUCUUCUUCAUAUCAAAUGUAUAUUUUAUCUUUCUUUUUUUAAUUCUUAACUGAGUUUUUACUCACGCAAAGUGGUGUAGUUGGGGAAGUUUGAUUUGGGAAAUGAACAAAGGACAGUCGCCGGAGCCGCUUGAUUUCUUCAUCUGGACUGUGGAGGAUGUUGGCUUGUGGCUUGAGACUAUAAAUCUUGGUAGUUACCGUCAAAUUUUUAAAGAAAAUGGUGUUAAUGGAGAAUAUCUGGAAGGCAUGUCCAUGUUUACAACUGAACAGAUCCUACGGUUUAUAAGACGUUGCCACAUGAAGUGGGGAGACUUCAUCACAUUGUGCAAGGAAUUAAGACGGAUCAAAGUGGCUUGUCUGAAAGGGGAGCAGAAGGUGCGGCGGCCAUGGUGGGCACCGGCAUGCCUAUCUGCAGUGUUCUUAAAGGUUGCAAAAUCCAACAGACAAUCAAGAGUUGUUUCCCUGAAGCUGGAACCAUGAUACAAUAAACCUCUGCAUAUGUGUACGUAUAGCCAUUUUCUUUUUGCCUAGAAAACAGAAGAUAGGAAAGAACCUUUUUUAGCCCUUUUUGCCCUUUCGAUUCCAAAACGUGGUUGUUUCUUCUCCGCUGGAGAACUGUUAUGUAGAAGGUCCUUGUGCACUAAUUUCUGGUGCUGUGUAAUUACGUAUUCUCUCCCAUGUGAACGAAAAUACGAUAUAUGCCGUUUCUCUUCAUGU